GUAAAACACAACUCACAUAAUGUUUUUUCUUUUGUGACCGUGUCAGAGGCAGACAUACAUUUUACUGAGGUAGCUAACUAUGAUGCGUUCAGUUUAUCGCAACAUCAAGCAAACAAUCUGAAUAUCCCCGUCGUAUCAAUUCCUAGAUAUGGUCGAAACUAUUUAAAGUGCAAUACGCAUAAUAAACGCAACAUUAUUAAUAUUGCUACUUCGGAUAAUUUCAACAAACAAUCCUCAAAACAGCCCACUACCUAUAAUAUGGGCUUUUUAAACAUAAGAUCAUUAUCUUCCAAAACGCUAUUAGUUAAUGAAGUCAUUAGAGACAACAAACUUGACGUCGUUGGUCUCGCCGAGACCUGGCUCAAACCAGACGAUUUUUUUGCGCUAAAUGAAGCAUCUCCUCCUGGCUAUACCAAUACACAUGUUGCCAGACCUCUUAAAAGGGGAGGGGGUGUCGCACUAAUAUACAAUGAAAACUAUAAUCUUACACCUAACCUAAAUAAUAAAUAUAACUCGUUUGAGGUGCUCACUUUGAGGUUUGUCACACCGCUGCCUCUCCACCUGGCUGUUAUCUACCGCCCCCCUGGGCCCUAUUCGGACUUCAUCAGUGAAUUCUCAGAGUUUGUUGCCCAUCUAGUGACGCACGCCGACAAUAUAAUCAUAAUGGGGGACUUUAAUAUCCAUAUGAAUACCCCAUCGGACCCUCCAUGCGUGGCGCUCCAGACUAUAAUUGAUAGCUGUGGUCUUACACAAAUAAUAAAUGAACCCACGCAUCGCAACGGUAAUACGAUAGAUCUAGUGCUUGUCAGGGGUGUCACCACCUCUAAAGUUACGAUACUCCCGUACACUAAAGUAAUGUCCGACCAUUACCUUAUAAAAUUCGAAGUAGCCAGUUGA